CUAAUAAAAUACAAUUCUGUAAACUGCUUUCUAAUGAACUAUAAAGGCAAAUCUGUUCUCUUACUUGGUUCUUAUAUCGACACGCGUAAGAGUUCAAAAACUUUCGUAUUGACAGAAAAUGCGAAACUCUGGGAUAUUAGUCUUAAAGGAGCUUUAACCACCGCUUUAACUGAAUGCGAAAAAUCAGUCGCAGAAGAAAAAGUCAAAAUUUUUCAUUUCGAAGAUCCGCUGACGGAUGAAAUUUUGAAAGGUUUUGAUCGGGUUGCGGUAGCAUAUCUAGGACCAUUAUGCGUACCAAAAGGAGUGGAAAAUGUUGACAAAAGAAUAGAUAACUUGAUGCGUGGAAUUUCAUCUGCCUUAAGGUUACUUACAACCCGAUUAUUUACUGAUAUCUACAUUGAAUCUUGUGGAAAUCCAAAAAUAGUUGGCACUGCAGCAGCUCUUACGCUUCCUGAUUACUUCCUGUUAAACAGAAAUUUAGAACCGCAAAUCCACAUCAAAUAUUUCGACAAGAAUCAUCAAGAAGGUAAACGAGAAUUUGAGCAGGGAAUCAUCUUGGGCAAUGGCCAAACUUUGGCUCAACUACUCAUGAAAUCUACAUCGCUGUCUGACUUUAUUUCGACUGUUCAAACUUUCCUACAGAAGAUCAAUGUGCCUGUCAUCAAAAGAGAUAAAAACUGGAUACGAGAGAAGAAGAUGGAAGCCUUGCUGAGUGCUUCUGUGGGAUCCGUAGAAGAUCCAGUAAUCUUGGAAAUCGCAUGUAAAAGUUUGAAUGCUGGCGUGAAGCCCUUAAUAUUGGUUAGUAAAGCAACUCCUUAUGAACACAGUUCCUUAGCUUUAAAGAAUAAACCAGAUUUGCAGGAAUUUCCUUUCAAGACAAGUAUGGGAGGUGCUUCUUCUCUUGUAGGAUGUCUUUACUCGCUUUGCAAACUUCAGGUUAGGGUUUAUGUGCACUGCAUCUUGGUUUUAGUUUGUCAACAACAAACCGAAGUGGUCAGCAGAUGCGAAAACAUAAUUUGCACAAUGAAUGGGACAACUAUCCAAUUAGAUUAUCCUAGGCCUGAAGGCCGACUCAUCAUGGCAGACGCUCUCUGUUAUGCGGAUACUUUUGAUGCAGCAGCCAUUGUUGAUGUAACCUCUAUAGCCAGUUACGUUGAUGAACUGAUUGGUAAUUCCUACGUUGCAGUUUUCACAAGAGACGAUCUUUUGUUCAAGUUAAUUCAGCAAGCUUCGUGCACUUCCGGCGAAAAAAUUUGGCGACUUCCUCUUUACGACUGUUUCAAUGAAUUUCUGAAAACAACUAAAUCUGCAAAUAUUUGUUGUGUCGGAGAGAGCGAAAAGACCGCCAUCGCUUGUAAAUUGGCUGCAUUUCUUUGCGAAUUUGUCAAAUCGAAUGAUUCAUGGGCUCAUCUGGACAUCAGCGCAGUUUGCCAGUGCACGGGCAAGAAGGAAUAUUUGAACGAUUGGGCAACAGGUCGGUCAACAAGGUUAUUGACUGAAUUUUGUGUAGAAUACUUCAAAAAAGGUGGCAAAUAAAAGAUAAGUUCCAGUAUAAAAAGAAAAUAAGCGCAUGCUUUAAUCAUAUGCAACUAACAAAUUAGAUAAUGUUUUGAUGCGGCUUAUGGUCACUGGAACAAUACACUAUUUACACCUUUCAUGAAAAUGCUAGAAAAUAUCUUUGGUCUGGUAUCAUAUCAAGGACAAUGAAUAAUGAACAAAUAAGAAGUCAUUAUAACUAUAUUAGAAAAUGCUUCUCACUGAAGAUCUCUUUAAUAUCGAAGAUCACAUAGAAUAAACAAAUAGUGCUUCUCAAGAGAGAGAUAUCAGUAAUAUCUAGAACCUAGGACAAAUAAGAAGUCAUUAAAACCUUAUUUAGAAAAUGAUCCUCACUGAAGAUGUCUUUAAUAUCAAAGAUCACAUAGAAUAAACGAAUAGUGCUCCUCAUAGGAGAGAAAUAUCCGUAAUCUAUUCUUCAAGGGAGAUAUAUCAGUAAUAUCUAGAACCUAGGAGAAUGGGCGAACAAAAAGCUACUACUGUCUUAUUUACAAAAUGCUCUUUGAUAGAGAUCUCGCUUUUCUGUGACCUAUUGGUAAUCUGUCAGCAUGCAGAAACUUAUACUCUCCAUAAGAAAACAGGAUUUAAAAUGUUCUCCAUGAAUUCCUGCCCUCAAGUCAAGCAACUUUCGCGUAUAUUUUAUCAUGUAUCAGUAAAUUACCUUCUCGCUCUUUGGAGAUCGCAAAUUCAAAAUGCAAAAAGAAAGAAAAAAGAAAUUUAAUUUUCAUCUCUACUCAAUAUAUUCUCUGUUAAUUAGAUGUAUGAAUACUCUGUAAGCAUGUUUUAACCCUUUAAAUUGCUGGCGGCUAAUACACUCAAAAAACAAACUUUGAUUUGACAAAAAUAUUUUAAUUUCCUCGUAGGAAAAAUUAAGAUUUUAACUCUACACGCGUCUACAUUUAAGUUAAAAAUCUAAUAGAAAAUUAAAUUACCAUGUUUAAUAUAUCGAGAAUUUCUUGUACCAUGUUUUCUUGUUUCCCUUUAAUUGUUAU